UCAGAGCCGAUGCCCCGCCCCGUGACCGUGACCGAGGGCUGCGCGAGGGCAGCGGCGCGGCAGGAGCGAUGGGGGAGGAAGCGGCAGGGGUGCGGCCGGAGCUGGUGCGCGAGGCCGAGGUCAGCCUGCUGGAGUGCAAGGUGUGCUUCGAGAGGUUCGGCCACCGGCAGCAGCGGCGCCCGCGCAACCUGCCCUGUGGCCACGUGGUCUGCUUGGCCUGCGUGGCCGCUCUCGCGCACCCGCGAUCGCUGGCCCUCGAAUGUCCCUUCUGCCGGCGGGCCUGCCGAGCCUGUGACACCAGCGAUUGUCUGCCGGUGUUGCACCUUCUGGAGCUCCUGGGCUCCACUCUUCACGCGUCCCCGGCCGCCCACAGCGCCGCCCCCUGCGCGCCCGGGGUGUUCACCUGUCAUCACGCCUUCGGCGGGUGGGGGACCCUGGUGAAUCCCACAGGGCUUGCACUGUGCCCCAAGACCGGACGGGUCGUAGUCGUGCACGACGGUAAGAGGCGGGUCAAGAUCUUUGAUUCCGGAGGAGGAGGUGCACACCAGUUUGGAGAGAAGGGGGACGCAGCGCAUGACGUGAAGUACCCACUGGAUGUCGCCGUCACCAACAACUGCCACGUGGUUGUCACCGACGCUGGCGACCACUCCCUCAAAGUGUUUGAUUUCUUUGGCCAAAUCAAGCUGGUUGUGGGAAAGCAGUUUUCCCUGCCUUGGGGUGUGGAAAUCACCCCUCAGAACCAGGUCCUGGUGACUGAUGCAGAGGCAGGGACCUUGCACCUCCUGGAAGUGGAUUUCCCUGAAGGGGUCCUUCGGAGGACCGAGAGGUUGCAAGCUCAGCUUUGCAAUCCCCGUGGGGUGGCUGUGUCUUGGCUUACCGGAGCUGUCGCGAUCCUAGAACACCCCUGGCCCUUGGGGACAGCGGGUGACAACACAAGGGUGAAGGUAUUCAGCCCCGCCAUGCAGCUGAUUGGCCAGGUGGAUAGCUUCGGGCUGAACCUCCUCUUUCCUUCUAAAAUAACUGUCUCCGCUGUGGCCUUUGAUCACCAGGGAAAUGUGAUUGUAGCAGACACCUCUGGGCCAGCCAUCAUAUGCUUGGGGAAACCUGAGGAGUUUCCAGCCCUAAAGCCCAUGGUCUCUCAUGGUCUUUCUCGUCCUGUGGCCCUGGCCUUCACCAAGGAGAAUUCUCUUCUUGUGCUGGAUACUGCAUCCCACUCUAUAAAAGUCUUUAAAGUGAUGGAGGGUAACGGAGGGUGAUGGGCAUCCCAGGCCUGGUAUCAUCAGGGGGGAAUUGCACCCUGGAUGAGUCACCAUCACUCAUCCACCCAGGCAGGAAUAAUGCUAACCACCUGACAGAGUACUGGAUGUGAGGCAGUUAUAAAAGACUAAUUUGUCAUUUGUCAUUUAGUGGAUACCUAUUCCCGAUGUUUAGAAAUUUGCAAAUCUUAAGCUCAUUUGCCCCUUAACACACAGAAAUGUAAUUUCUAUUAUUAGUCCCAUUUUAGAGAUGAAAAAUCAGAUCCAGGGGAUUUAAUAUGAUUUCUUCAAGGCAAAGUUACUGGGACAGUCACGAUUAAACUCAGUUCUGACUCCUUGCUCUUAAAUAUGAUGCCAGGUGUUAAAAAAAAAAAAGUAAACAAGUCUUAGGUAU